AUGUCUGAUACUCCGUUGGACUUGUUGAGGUUAAAUUUGGACGAGAAAGUUUACGUAAAAUUGCGGGGUGCCAGAAAACUUACAGGUACCCUGCAGGCUUUUGAUUCGCAUUGUAAUAUCGUACUUUCAGAUGCAGAGGAAACAAUUUACGAGCUGGUUGACGGCAACUUGAGGUUUGAAACGAAAACCUCAGAGAUGAUAUUUGUCAGGGGAGAUAGUGUGACAUUAGUUACUGCACAACCUGAAGAAUGA